AUGAACACUACAGCCGCCAUCAAAUCAGCGAUUUGCAGACCACAAAGCUAUUGUUCUUUCCUGAAAACUGCUUUUUUCCAUUCUACUCCCGUCUUAGAACGCAAACGUCGUUCUUCCUCUUCUUCGGACGGUCUCUUCUCUACAUGUAAAUCAAAUACUCACAAGAAGAAGAGAAGUAAGAAGUUUUUGAGGGAACAUCAAGAAGCAGUGCGUCGUGCUGUUGAACAACUUAAACAAGAAAGAGAAGAGGCCUCCAAGAAAGCCAGAGAAGCCAAAGAAGCCAGAGAAGCCAAAGAAGCCAAAGAAAAACAGAACGCCUCAGCGAGUUGGCAGCAUUCUGGUCACUGCGAUGACGACUUUGAAUCUAUAUUCCGAAAUCUAUUUACUGAAUCCAGAGAUUAUCAUUAUUCUACCCAUAGAGAGAAGGAGCGUCACUGGUGGUAUAACUCUUCAUGGUCUUCUAAUUACUCUAGUAGCAACUCUUGGAGAUCGAAAUAUAGAUUUUAUGAAGGAGAAAUAGGAGAAGAAGAAGAGCAAGAAGAAGAAGAAGAAGAUGGCUAUAGUUCAAGAAAAUCCAGCGGCUCAGUGUCAGAAUCAAUCGAAUUCCAAGCUUCUCAUAGACAAACACUUGGCUUGAGUCCUUGGGGUCCGUUAAAACUCGAAGAUGUCAAACAUGCAUAUCGAACUUGUGCAUUAAAAUGGCAUCCAGAUCGUCAUGAGGACUCUACCAAGGCAGCAGCUGAAGAAAAGUUCAAGCUCUGCACUGUGGCUUAUCAAUCUUUAAUCGAAAAGCUAGCAGUCAAAUAA